AUGGCGCCGACAUUCAGAUCCUCCCGCUCAGGUCGCCAAUUUGGUGAAACCGCAAAUCGCAGUCGCACCAGCGCAGCCGAACACGACGUCUUCGAAGGCCUUCCGAUCCGUCGCUGGACCCGUCAAACGCAUACAAUCUCGCAAGACGCCAAACCCGAGAGUCUUCCCGACAACGCCGGCGGCAGCAACAAUGUUGGUGGUGGUAGCGGUACUGGUGGCGGUAAAUCAGACCAGCCUUUUCCCGAAUUACCUAUGCCUAAGGAUAGUCAUUUACUAGCCCCGCAAAGCCGGGCGUUGCUUCGCGCGGCGAGGGCAGGGUAUAUUUAUUUGCUUCCGGCGUCGAAGGAUACGCAGUCUGGGGAUGAGAAGGAUGGACCUGAUAUGGAGGAUGCGACUACACCUGCAGUGAAGAAUGAGAGGAGUUAUACGGCGAGGAAAUGGAGUCAGAUUCCCCGACAUGUUGAGCUUCCGGAAGUGGAGUUUUUGGCGAAGAGGAGACCUGGUUUGCCGUCUUUGUAUGGUGCUUCUGGCGCCGUUACGGCUGCUGUCCCCAAUGCAUCACAACCCAUGCGGAAAGCCAAAAUUCGAAAAGUUGAUCCUGAGACGGGUAAUAUUACGAUCUACGAUGCUUGGAUUCCAGAGGGUCAGAAACUCGAGGGGGAGAUUAAGGAUGAGUCUCAGGUUUCGAAUGGUCAUCCCGAUGUUACAGUGAUCAAGGCGACUCCUGCGCCGGGAACGGUGGUGGAAGGCGUUGGUGUCGCAAAUGCUGAAGGAAUUGUGGUCGCGUCAACAGCUGUGGAGUCGCCGACCAAGAGGAAAGGACCACCGCCACCAAAGAGAAAGGGCAAAGGAUUGAGAGGCAGAGGCCGGAAGAAGGUCAUGUUUGCGCCUGGUGAAGGUGCUGAAGCUGGGGGAGAAGAUAGAGUGGCCGAGGGUGAACAAGAUGAAGACGAGGAUGACGAAGAGGGCGAUGAGGGUGAAGAUGGUGAGGAGGGUGAGGAGGCUACUAAGCAGGGAGAUACGUCUGGAGGAGAUACGCCGAUGAAGGACGCAGCACCUGAUACGGCUCCCAAGUUAGACCUUGAUGCGAUGCCAAGUCUGCUGCCUGCUGCAGAAAUCGAGAAUGUACCGUCUACAACCGAGCCUGUUAUCCCAGAACUCCAAUCUCCAGUUCGACCGCAAUCAGAAAAAUUGACUCCAGAAAAUCCCGUGCCGGAGAUAGAAACAACGAAAACAGAAGAGGUCACUGAAGUAAAAUCCGAACCUACGCCCAGUGCAGAUAUGAUGGAAGAUGUUCAGCAAACACAACCUCCUCCAGAGCUUCCAGUUACCGAAAAGAUUGAAGUCACAGAAACCGUCCAGCCUGCGGUAGAUAGCAUAGCUGCAGUUGAGACUGAAACGGAAGUCGAGCAAACCAUACAACUACCAGAGCCGCCCGUCGCUUCUGAACCGGUUGAUGAACCCGGAACAGCGACCACUGCGCCUGAACCACAACCCGACCUACCAGACACCGUUGAGACUAGUCAAACAAAAGAGCCCUCGCUGCCUCCAGAGGAAGCAACCCAAGUGAAGACAGAACAAUCUCCAGCUAUUGAGGCUCCUACGGAAACCGAAGCCAAGCCUGAAGCUGAACCUAUCGUUUCUGAGCCAGCCCCAGAGGAACAAGUCAUCCAGGAACCAAACCCUCCAGCAGAAGAAGCUGCUAUCAAGGUGCCGGAGGCGUCUGUUGAUGAAAAGAGCGGGGAAUCCUAA